AUGCAGAGUUUACCCACCACAAAGAAACGUCGAUUGGAAUUAAAAGCUGCCAGGUUGUCUAAAGAAGCAGCGAGGAAUGUACUAGAAGGUCAAUCAUAUAAGUCAGAUAUUGGUCUUGAGGAGGAUGUUGAUCUUGAUGACAUUGAUCCAGAGCCUCUUAGGAUUUCUCCAGAGAGCAGCUGCUUGAUGUAUUUUGAUUUAGAAACUACUGGACUUAGUAGAACAUCUGACAUCAUACAGAUUGCUGCAGUUUGUGAAGAUAGGUCAAUCAAUGUUUAUCUCAACCCCAGUGUACCAAUCUGUAAAGAAGCAUCGGCUGCAACAGGUCUCAGAUAUGACAUGGGACAGCUCACUCUUCAUGGAGAGCCUGUGCCUUCAACAGAUCAAGUCAGUGGUUUGACCCAGUUUGUAGACUUUACAACAGAUUGUGCUUCAAAACCAGUCAUUGUGGGCCAUAAUAUUCAAAACUUUGAUCUUCCAAUUCUUCAAUAUCACUUGCAGCGACAUGGUCUACUUAAACGAUUUGAUGAAAAUGUUUUAGGUUUUUUGGAUACAUACAAACUUGCACAGAAAGUGUUUGACAAGAAAACAAUGGGAAAUUUUAAACAAGAAACAUUGGUCAGAUUGUGUUUAGGGAAAAGUUACGAUGCACACAAUGCUCUAGCUGAUGUUUGUAGUUUACGAGAACUGUACGAGUCAAAUUUAGCAUUCAAAUGUGAAUCUUCAGAUAUAUUUAAUAUGAAUUAUUAUAAUGUCAAGUCCUCACUAAUUCCAUUGAUACAAAGCAAAACUGUCUUUAGUGAGGUUGUGUCUGGUUCAAAGACACCAAGAAUUACGAAGUCUCAGAAGAUCAUUGGCAGUGUUGUGGAGUAUUUGAACUCUUGUUAG